UUCACGUCCUCACAGGAACAGACGGAGGACAGGAGGAAGACGAUGGCCGACUCCACCAGCAGCCGCUCUGACUCUUCAUCAUCAUCCAACAACUCCUCUUCCUCACUCAGAGACUUCACACACUCAGUCCUACAGCUCGUCCACUGGAAACAACCGAAGAAGUCAGCCGCGGUGUUCAGCCUGUCGCUGCUGGUCCUCGUCUCUGUGGCGACGCUGUCCAUUAUCAGUGUGGUGUCCUACCUGCUGUUGGCCUGCCUCUGCAUCACUAUCACCUUCAGGGUCUAUAAAUCAGUGAUUCAGGCUGUCCAGAAAUCGGACGAAGGACAUCCAUUCAGGUCUCUGUUGGAGAGGGACAUCUCUGUGUCCUCGGAGUCUGUCCGGGAGCUGGCUGACCAGUCUUUGAUCCACCUGAACUGGUUGAGCUGUCAGAGCAGGAGGCUGCUGCUGGUUGAGGACCUGGUGGACUCUCUGAAGCUGGCUGCUGUCAUGUGGGUAAUGACCUACGUCGGAGCCGUGUUCAACGGAGUCACCAUCCUGAUCCUGGCUGACGUCAUUUUCUUCACCACGCCGCUGAUCUACGAGAAGAAGAAGGUGCAGAUUGAUCACUACAUCGAGUUGGUUCGGUGCCGACUGGAGGAGACGCUGCAGAAGCUCCAGAACAGGUUACCAGGAGCUGUGAAGAGAAGCAAAGUGGAGUGACCACCUGACCCUCAAACACCUGUGCUUGGUGUGGCUCCACCCUCUCCUGUGAUUGGUCUGUUUGUCAGUGACUUGCC